UUACAAGGGGAUCGGGCAUUGGUAAUCCCAAUUUGGUAGUAUAUGUAUAGACAAAAGUGUAUACCAAACAACUUUGACUUGUGGCGUGCGUUCGGCGGAAGUUCAGAGAUUGUAAGCAGUGAUCUGUGAAGAUGACCAAACUUCAUGCUUUUAGUGACUUGUUGGAGCACAACAACAAAGAUGAUUGCUGGCUUCUCAUCUCUGGAAAGGUUUAUGAUGUAACCUCAUUUUUGGAUGAUCAUCCUGGAGGAGAUGAAGUCUUGCUAACUGCAACAGGUAAGGAUGCAACAGAUGAUUUUGAAGAUGUCGGUCACAGUGAUGAUGCAAGAGAGAUGUUGAAGAAAUACUUCAUUGGUGAAAUUGACAGUUCCACCAUUCCUGCAGAACGCAAACAUACCCUGCCUUCCUCAACGACACCAUCAGCUGGAGUACAGGGUUCUGGAAACUCAUGGAAGAUAUUGCAAUUCUUGUUACCUUUGUUGAUAUUGGUUGCAGCCCUUGCCUUCCGUUCCUUUUACCAGAAAGAAUAGAUCAACUGUCAUGUUUCAAGAUGCGACUGGAUACAAUAGAACCUUCUCCUCUGCAGCUUGUCAUUUCAUAUGUUGUGCUUCCCUAUUCAGCUUAUUAUGUGUAUUUGCUACCUUUGUUGGAUGUCCCUUACUGGGAUAAUGAGAUAUUAAGAUGUUGUUAGCUCUGUUGGUAAUGUUUUCUGUUAGUGGAUGUUAGAAUAAAAGUUCUAUGGUAAAAAACAAAUGGUGAAACAAGCCAUAUGGUUCUUCCAUGAUUGGCAUCA